AUGGCGUGGAAAAAUCCCUCGCUUUCUAAGAUUUUAUUUGUACUUAUUGUAAGUACCUCCAACAAGGUAAAUGGAAGAUGUCAAAAGGAAGGGGCGUGCCCAGCUGAUUGGAGCAAAUGGGGAAACAACUGCUAUCAUUUUGUUGAAAACGGGCUAUAUUGGGCUCAGGCGCAACAGCACUGCGUGGAUAUUGGAGGUGUACUGACUGCUCCUCAUUCCCGCGAAGAAGAGGACUACCUCUUGACUUGGACUAAUGCUGGUCAACUAUGGAUCAACUGCAAUGAUAUCAGUUCCGAAGGAACUUGGGAAUGCAAGGAGGGGACAACCACUGUUGACUACAGGAGGUGGACUUCACCGCCAGAUAACAGUGGUGAUGGAGAAGACUGCGUAGGCAUGCUCUCGCAGGGAUGGAAUGAUAUCUCAUGCACUAGGUGGGAAGAGAAAUUUGUGUGCAAGCAACCAAUCCCCAUUGUCUGGGUUUAA